UGGAUCUUGGCCAGAACCAUUAUCUCCAAAAAUACAAAUAACUCUCACUUUUCCAAGCUGCCUUAUCUCUCAACAAAAAUGGACUCCCAUCUAAAAAAUUCUUUAGAAAAAAACGAAUUUGUUUCUCUUAGAGAUCAUCCAUUCCCUUGUCGAUUUCGUUACAUAUUAGAAGAAAACACUCAACAAUCAUCAAUUAUUGCUACCAAAAAUCAUCAAUCGAACCAUAGUACUAUUGAAGAGAUACAACGAGUUGGAAUCCAUGAACGAAAACAUUUCAGCCAUCGACACGACUUGUUAACGUACUCGUUACGUGCAUCAGAUUUUGUGCACUGUUAUUUUUGCGAGACAACAAUUUCUGGCAUGGCAUACGGGUGCAAACGUUGCAGGUACUUUCUUCACGAGUCAUGUUUUGAGUUCCCACAAGUCAUUGAACAUUUAGCUCACCCUGGACAUGAACUAAAUCUCAAGUAUACUCCCUCAGUUGGUACUGAAUUUAAUUGCAAGGCAUGUCACGUUGGUGACAAUCCUGCUUUGUUAUUCAACUUUCACUAUUCUUGUGAUCAUUGUGAUUUUGCACUUCACAUGGGGUGCGCAUCUGUGCCUUGUAAAGUUCUUCACAAAGAUUUGGCUUUAUCUGUUUUCUACACGAACCCUUUGAGGAAUGAAGCCGGACCACUCCUUUGUGACAUUUGCAACCACUCGAUUGAUAAAUCGAAUUCUUGGAUGUUUUAUGACCACGGUCAUAAUUUAAUAACUCAUUUUGGGUGUGUUGCUGAUUCUGUAUAUGGAAAAGGGAAAAGUGAUAAGGAUUAUAUUAUAGGUGUGAAAAGUAAAUUGACAAAUCUUGAUGGGGAUGAUACUUCUAUAGUUGACUACCAAAAGAAUGAUCAUGAAGGAACAAAACAUAAGCGAUUCUUUCAUAGACAUGUUUUGCAACAAUUGGAUCGGUCGAUGGACAGUAGUGUCAAGAAUAAAAAAUGUGGAAUUUGUGGAACAGAUCUUAGUACAGACAAGAAAAAAGGGUGUUUGACUUGUGAUUUUAUAAUUCACGAGAGGUGUUCUUGUUUGCCUGAGAAAAUUCAACACCCGUUUCAUCCACAUCCACUCACACUUGUUCCAAAAAAAGACGGAGUUGAAAUUCAAUGCGUUGGAUGUCGUCAAUCUAGUGGUGUUCAUACGAACUACACUGUUCUUUAUCAAUGCAAGAUUUGUGAAUUUCAACUUCAUCCAUCAUGUGCUGCUUGUCCAAGGAGACUAAAAAAGCUUGAUUUAACUUUGUGUUACUCAUUUCCUUAUAAGAAUGAGGUCUCAAAGCUCAUUUGCAACUAUUGUUCGAAAGUUAUCAACAAGGACCAGUGGCUGUACUAUGGAAGAAAUAAUGACGAGAAGAGGCACAUUACUUGUCAAUUGGCUGUCGGUGUUUCGAAUUGUUAUGUCACUUUACGUGACUUAGAUGUAGAAUGAUUAAUAUACUAGGGCCAUCUCUUUGCAUAGACCCAUAAACCGAGUGAUUAGUAAGUCAGUCGUAAUUUAUAUUCCAUUAUUGCAUAGGUAUUAUCAACCCAACCUUAAGAUCAGGUCCUUUCUUUGGUUUCAUUACUGUAAAGAAUGCUUCAUUUGUUUUAUUUUUGUUUAUGAAUAAAUUAGGAUGAGUAGAAAUGUACUUCUGGAAAAAUAUUUUGUACUACUCAAAAUCUAAGAUAACUAUUAAUGGGUUUUUUGCCUACCGUUAUUUAUGUAAGAUUGUAGCUUUCUUUUCCAA